CCCUCCACUAAGUGUCUUCGGAUGGAGGACUCGGACUCGGCCGCGAAGCAACUAGGUUUAGCCGAGGCGGCGGCGGUAGCUGCCGCAGCCGCAGUGGCUGCAGCAGCGGCCGCAGCCGCAGAAGGAUCCGAACAGCAGCACGAACACAGAGGACAGGUGCCCGGUUCGGAGGCGGAGCCACAAGAGGAAGAGGAGGUGACGGCUGUCACCGUAAUGGCGGCAGAUGCCGAACACAUUGAGAUGGGAGCCGAAUCCCUACCGAGUGCAGACGAGGCUGCUGCGGCAGCUGCCUUUGCAGAAGUAACCACAGUAACAGUAGCCAAUGUGGGUGCCUCUGCAGACAAUGUAUUCACUACUUCUGUGGCAAAUGCAGCAUCAAUCUCAGGACAUGUAUUGUCUGGAAGAACAGCUCUUCAGAUUGGGGACAGCUUAAAUGCUGAAAAAGCCACUCUGAUUGUGGUUCACACAGAUGGCACCAUUGUGGAGAGUGCAGGUCUGAAGGGGCCAUCUGCACCUCUUACUACAGGAUCUCAGUCCCCCCCUACUCAGUUAACAUCUGGUCAAGAAAAAAGUGGGACAAAAUAUAACUGGGACCCUUCAGUGUAUGAUAAUGAACUGCCUGUGCGAUGUCGAAAUAUCAGUGGGAUAUUGUACAAAAACCGACUUGGUUCAGGUGGUCGAGGUCGCUGUAUUAAGCAAGGGGACAACUGGUACAGCCCCACUGAAUUUGAAGCUAUGGCUGGAAGAGCCAGUAGCAAAGACUGGAAAAGAAGUAUCCGUUAUGCUGGGAGGCCAAUACAGUGCCUUAUCCAUGAUGGAAUACUAAAUCCCCAUGCGGCCUCAUGCACUUGCGCUGCGUGUUGUGAUGACAUGAGUUUGAGUGGUCCCAUAAGACUGUUUGUCCCCUAUAAAAGAAGAAAAAAGGAGAAUGAAUUGCCUACAACUCCAGUGAAGAAGGAUUCUCCCCAAAACAUCACCCUGCUUCCUGGAACCGCUGCCACCACAUUCACCGUGACUCCUUCAGGACAGAUUACAACUUCGGGCACUUUGACCUUUGAUCGUACAGCAGCUGUGGAGGCCACAGCUAUUAUCUCAGAAAGUCCAUCCCAAGGUGAUGUUUUCACUGGUACCACUGUGCAAGAUACAAGCCUUCAGCAGCAACCUUGUCAGGUCAAUCAUCCAGAGCCUCACUAUCCAAGUUAUCAAGACAGUUGUCAGAUCUCCUCAUUCCCCGAAGCAGCUUUGCCAACUUCUCAUCCCAAAAUUGUGUUGACCUCACUCCCUGCCCUGGCGGUGCCACCUGCUACCCCCACUAAGACAAUGUCCUCUUCUGUGAUGAAUGGACUUGAAAUGACAGAACAACGGAACUGGCUUUACCUAGAGGAGACUGUCAAUUCUCUGCUUAACACAGCUCGGCAGCUGAAGACGCUGAUCGAACAAGCUAAGCAGGCCAGCUCUUCCUACAGAGAAGCUGCUGUUUCCCAAGCAAAACUUCAAGCUGAUGCAGAAAGGAAAGAGUAUCAGAGUCAGUUAUUUCAGCAUACAGAAGAUGUUGAUGGAAAAACCGAAAUUAUUAUUAAGCAAUCCUGUGUAAACUGUGGCCGGGAGGCAAUGAAUGAAUGCACCGGUUGCCAUAAAGUCAAUUACUGCUCAACGUUCUGUCAACGGAAGGAUUGGAAAGACCAUCAGCAUAUGUGUGGGCAGUCACCCGCAGUAACUGUUCAGACAGAAGAAGAUCAUGAUACAGAUAAUGUGAUUGAAAAAGUUAUUGUCUAAAACCUUCUUUCUUCCAAUUUCAUGGAUUGUGUGGUGCAGCAAACUGGCUGGACCAGCAAUUCUUCUGUGAUAAAUAAAACAAAACAAAAGAAGACAUAAAUAAAACCCUUCACAGAGAGGGUGAAGGCAUAGUAUUACUUGCAUGUUGCGGGCCAACAUAUGAAUUUUCUCUAACCAAGCAGAAAAUUAAACCUUAAGGGAACAAGAGCAUCAAGGAACUCCACUGUUUUAAGGGAACUUCAGAAGUUGAUGGAUCUUUUCAAGCAUUUCUACAAAGCUGCUGUAAAACAAAUGGGUAUAUUCAAUUGCUCUGAUGGAUUAUGGGUAUUCUUUGAAGUAUUUUGAAAAUGUUAUUUAAAGCAGCUUCUGGGUCUGCAUUCUUUUAAGAUUCCUCUGAUGAGGUUUCAAUAAUGAUAACAGG